AUGGUCGCCGCUGUAGGUAUUAACGGUUUUGGUCGUAUUGGCCGCAUUGUAUUCCGCAACUCGGUUGAGCACCCCGAUGUGGAAGUCGUUGCUGUCAAUGACCCUUUCAUUGAUCUCGAGUACAUGGUGUACAUGCUCAAGUAUGACACCGUCCACGGCAACUUUAAGGGUGAAGUCGCCGCCAAGGAUGGCAAGCUUGUUGUGAACGGCAAGCAAAUCUCCAUCUUUGCCGAGCGCGACCCUGCCAACAUUCCCUGGGGCAAGGUCGGUGCCCAAUAUGUGGUCGAGUCUACCGGUGUGUUCACCACCACCGAGAAGGCUUCUGCCCACUUGAAAGGUGGCGCCAAGAAGGUCAUUAUCUCUGCCCCUUCUGCAGAUGCGCCCAUGUACGUGUGUGGUGUCAACCUCGACUCGUACGACCCGAGCCACAACAUCUUGUCGAACGCCUCGUGUACCACCAACUGCCUUGCUCCUCUUGCCAAGGUUAUCCACGACAAGUUCGGCAUCAAGGAGGGUCUCAUGUCUACGGUUCAUGCCACCACUGCUACCCAGAAGACUGUUGACGGUCCCUCUGGUAAGGACUGGCGCGGUGGCCGCUCUGCUGCGGCCAACAUUAUCCCGUCGAGCACGGGUGCUGCCAAAGCCGUCGGCAAGGUCAUCCCCAGCCUCAAUGGCAAGCUCACCGGUAUGGCCUUCCGUGUGCCUACCAUUGAUGUGUCUGUUGUGGACCUCACUGCGCGUCUCGAGAAAGGCACUUCGUACGACGAGAUCAAGGCCGAAAUCAAGCGUGCUUCCGAGAACGAGCUCAAAGGCAUCCUUGGCUACACGGAGGAUGCCGUGGUCUCCCAGGACUUUGUUGGCAACAACCACAGUUCCAUCUUUGAUGCUACUGCCGGUAUCCAGCUGAGCCCCGACUUUGUGAAGCUUGUCUCGUGGUACGACAACGAGUGGGGAUACUCGCGCCGUUGCCUCGACCUGAUUAGCUUUAUUGCGAAGAAGGCGUAG